GCCCCAUGACGCUCGAAGAAAAUGUAAUUUAUACGAUUGAUACUAUUAACUCCAAAUAUCUUUCCUCCUAAACCUAUUCCCAAAAUGUCGUCUAUGAGUCGUAGUGUCUCAAAUGUAUCUAUCAUUGUUGGAAUUAUCGAACUUGUCGCGGCCACGGUGUCCGCAAUAGUCGGUGUUGUUGCUGUUACGAGUUAUUCCGGCCAUCCAUCAAACUCAGCUGGGAUUUGGGCUUUGGUUGUGAGUACACAAAAUAUUUAUUUUGUCGUUUGUAAUGUUUGGCGAAUGUUUGGUCCUCCAUCUACAUGUAAAUAGCGAUACCAAGACGAUUUUUCACACCGGGACAAGACGGAGUUCACAACUGCACGCAAAUUUUGCCAGUUUUACUGGUCAACGCCGGAUUCAUGCAGUCAGCUGCGUUCGAGUUCCCUCCCGUGUGGGCGCUAAAUGCGAAAUCGUGCCGAAAUCUCAGGACGGUUUUCGAAGAAUUGAAAUCCAAAUUGUUAUAGUGAAAAUAAAGUCCACUUGUCGAGCAAUUUUUCGCGUAUCUUAAAGGAAAGUUUUAGUUAGCGCGAGUUUGGACGUAAGUUGUCAAUUAAAAUCGCCAGCUGUCAGUAAGAUUUUUCAAAGAUGUCAGUUCUGUGUUUGCCAGACAUUUUAUCUGUUGUCAAUCAAAUAGACUGAAAAGCUUCCUCCUUUCAGAGCGCCGAAUUCAGACCCUCGUCUAUUCUCAAAAUAGUGAGCUUAAGCAAACGACGUUUUUGUCAACAACGGACUUCACCCGAAAAUUGGUAUGUCUAAUUUUGUCGGCAUUUUGCAUCAUAGCGCUUGUGUGAGAAAGCAAACAUCUUUAAAAAUCUUAUGUUUUGUUAUAUUUGUUGAAGAUUACCACGAACUGAUACAAUCCAGUUCCCCCUCGCCAAUCUGACGUUCGUGUUGGCAAAAACGUCACUUGCUUUUAAGCUCCCGCUAUUAAUUAUCACGACACUGUACUAAAGGUAAAAAGACGUCCAAGCAUCCAUGUAUUUUUCUGUUUAUUUUAUAAAGGACAGUCUUUGAAAAGCGAUAAUUUUUACAGAAAAGCGAUAAUUGAAAAGCGAUAAUUUUCACAUGUGAAAUUAUCAUAAAUACUCUCACAGCACUAUAAGGCACUAUAAUGAAUUUCUAUGUGAACAAUUUAAACUGGACUAUUUUCGUGCGGCCUAUAGUGUCAGCUAUAUACUAUAGUCUUAUUUUUAUAAAAAGUUCACGAAAAUAUGAAACUUCACCGAGCAUCAGGACGUUUUUUACUUGCUUAAAACAUUCUCACGUUAGGCGUCCGUGAUAUAAUCUGGAUAGAUUUUAAUCUAUAUCAAUAUGUAAAUUUGCAUGUGUUGCCAAAAACAAGCAUUUGCUUUUUCAAAACACUUUGGAAAAAAUAUUCUGCUGACUUAUUGGACAAGAAAGCGCUUUUACACGGAGUUUUAUAUAGAAAUUAGUGAUAAUGGUCCCAACAUAGAACCUUGAGGUACACCCCGUAUGCGAUAUCUUUUUGCAGCAUGUCGCUCACUAUGUGAGUAUAUGUUUCUAGCAUUUCUGAUCUACAUAUAAUAGCCUGUUGUUAAGAAACAUCUGGCUGUAAGUCUCACUGAAACGUCUGGAACCCAGCCAGUAGCAUGUUUCAAGUUUUUAUAAAUUCAAGAGCAUAUAUAUAUAUAAUUAUUUUUGAAACGUUUAAGGAGUAUACAUGGCAGCGAGAAGUAAGAUUAAUUGUAACUGGUUAAUUUUCAGUUUCUCAUUCCUGGCGUGUUGUCCAUUGUAGCUGGAAGGACGAAAAAUAUUGUGACAGUAAGUGCAGCUUUGUAUACUGAUUAGAAAGCCUAAACCCUUUUUCAAUUUAAUAACUGGUUAGUCCUUUCUGAAUGCAAUAGUCUUUAUUUCAUUGUAAUAGCUUUUAUAACUUUUACGUUACAUCAAAUCAAACAGUGUCCAGGUUUUUUGGGGACACCCGGUAGACUUGGUCUAUGUUAAUAUUAGAUUGUUUUAAAAUUAACCUCAUUCCAGUAUGUUUGAAAGGUUUAUAACUCUAACUUAUAUUAGUUUUUAUUUUGGCAAUGUUUCGGACAGAAAUUAAAAAUUAAUGUUCUAUUUUUUGUUUAUGUUUUAGUUAGCCGUUGCUCUCUUCUUUAAUAUAUUGGCGACAGUUGUUUCAUCUGUGGCUACUUUGGUCUGCGUCUCAUUCUGGAUAAUUCUCACGCAUUCAGGUUGCAACCACGAGCAGUGUGAGAUCGGAAGAGUAUAUAAACCCCCGGCCAGACACACACCGAACACGAUUCGACGGCGCGAUUUUUCGAUUUUCACCAUCCUGGUUUUGGUUUUCCAAUAGGUAGAAGCGCUAUAACAUCUUUGAAUUAUUUGCUUUACAUAUCUUUAAUUUGAAGAAUUCUUUCAUAAAUCGACGGCUUGAUCAAUUAUACUUUCAAAACGUGAAAAAUCGAGUCGCGUUGCCGAAUCACGUCCCCGUCUGGAACAAUUCCGAUAACUGGCACAAUUCCGUUGCAUUGUUAUGUAGCAUAAUUUGUUCGUUCACUAUACCAUAACUGACCAGUAUUCAGUUGACUGUUUACAUGCACUACACAACGUUUGCCUAAAACUGUCGCAUGCAACCUUACAACUUGGGCUGUACUGUGUAAAUCAAACACACAACUCGCUUGCGUUGUCGUGGGUGAAUUGUAUGCUUGAUUUACACAAUACAACCCAAGUUGUAAGCAGGUUGCAUGCGACAGUUUUAGGCGAAAGUUGCGUAGUGUAAAUCAGCCUUUAAAUGCUUUUUCAGCCGUUAAAUGCUUUUUCAGAUGAAUUUGACUGUAGCUCCUAUCCCAGAGUAUUCGCCAUCAUUGUUACCAUGACAAUAGUGAUGAUGAUUUUGGCAGUCACAAGUUUCACUGGCUGCGUCAUGGGAUGUGCUGGAACUUGUUGUGCCCCAUCAGUAAGUUUUUGUUGCAACGAUAUCCGUUUUGAGAAAUGUGUGUAUGUCAUCAUGAGAUGCAUUUGUUCUUAUUGCAGUAAAUAAUAGCUUUGUUCUUAUUGCAGUAAUAAACACAAUUAUUAUAUGCACAAGGUCUAGAUAUGAGGUAUUCUGCAAUCUGAUUGGUUCUUUACUAGCAGGAUAUUAGCUCAUAUCCUGCUGGUAGAGAAAAACAAAAUGGCGGCUCAAACUGAAUUUCCGACGUUUUGCGAACAAGAAAACGGCAAGUUGUUCGCCUUUACAGGAUUAAAAACACAAUGAAAAAACUCCCUCAAAUUGUUUACAGGUUAGCAAGUGAAUUUUUAAAAUUUAAAAUGGUUAAAAAAUAUAUAUUUUUGAAAAAAUAAUCGGCCGAAAGUGCGAAGAUAAAAACAUAAACAAAAUAGAAAAAUAUUGAAAAUAUCCGAAAAGCAAAGUCUGUGAAUUCAGCCCUUGCCGUAUAUAAUAAAACAGUUAUUCCACUCACUCUCGUCGAAUAUGAGCGAUAGCCGAUUCGGCGCUACGCGCCUCAUAUUCAACUCGACUCACUCGAGUUUCGUCUCCUUUCAAUUGCUUUGCUUUAAAAACAGUUAUUAGGUUGUUGAAGAGUUAGCCUAGAACUUUCAACAAAAAAUCCAGAUGCUUUCAAAAACCAGUGAAUCACAUUAACGCUGUAAACUUCAACAUCCUUAGAAAUUGUAAGCCGAACACCGAAAAGCAAAAUUUGUGCAUUAUUUUUUAUGCAGCGUCGACGAAAGUCCACUCUGUACAUAUUGAAGGCAACAGAAGGACUAACCCUAUUUGUUUACUGAAAAGUCUCCAAUGAAGUAUGGUUUGAUCCAGAUUCUUUCUUUGUACGUGUAGGAACCAAUGAUUAUCACCACUAUCCCAACACCACCAUCAACUGUGAUCAUUAGCUCCCAGUCUUCCAGCCAGCCGCAGCCGAGUUACCAUGCAAUGGUACCACAGAACGCCGCUGGCUCGAUGUUGCAGGCGUAUACAGGAAUGCCAGUGCAAACGUUUGGAUUUCAAAAUAUAUCUCAGCCCGUUCCAACCGCAGAUGAUCGACCACUUGUCGAAAAUAUUGUACUCUAAAACCUGCUACAUACGUAAAAACGAACACCUGUUCCCCGUUGAUAUCGACAGGCUUGAACAAGAUUGUGCUGCACCCUCAGAACAAGUUGUCAACAAUAGUGUUACGGCCUGUUUCGCGGUGUGGACGACUUGCGCUUUAGACUAAAUUUUAAUCUAAGUAAGAACAACGAAAUCUAUCACCACAGCUAGAAAGAGCGUCUUGGAAUUAGUAAUAUUACAAAGUUUGGUUGCGAAAUGUUGUAAAAUACGGAAAAUAUAGCCCUUCAAAGUUGGC